AUGAAUUUCAGCCAAGCCUUCUGUUAUGAGUCGGUCAACAGGUCUUGCCCAAAGACCAUCUACCCAACAGCUAUACGCGGCCUGCUGUAUAUGUCUUGUAUGGCUGUCAUUGUUCUGACUGUAUGUGGAAAUCUACUCGUUAUCAUCGCCAUCACUCACUUCAAACAGCUUCACACGCCAAACAACUACCUCGUCCUCUCCCUGGCCGUGGCCGACCUCCUCUUGGGGGCGAUCAUCAUGCCCGCCAGCAUGGUGCGCUCUCUCGAAACCUGCUGGUAUUUUGGAGACUUCUUCUGUAAGAUCCACUCCAGCACAGACGUCAUGCUAAGCAAUGUGUCCAUUUUGAAUCUGUCUAUGAUUUCUAUUGAUCGUUACUAUGCUGUUUGUCAGCCCCUCCACUACCAGACCAAGAUCACGACCGCUGUAACAGUGAUCAUGAUUCUAGUCACCUGGAAUGUCUCUGUCAUCGUUGGCUUUGGGAUGAUAUUUCUGGAGCUGAAUAUCAGGGGUAUUGAAGAUUUUUACUAUGAUAACAUUCAUUGCGUAGGGGGCUGUUUUAUUUUCCAGGGUGUGGUUUCAGGCACUGUAGCUUCUGUUCUCUCUUUUUACGUUCCAGGGUUCAUUAUGCUCACAAUCUACCAUAAAAUCUUCCUAAUUGCACAGAAACAAGUCCGCUCCAUUGCCUGUCAGAAUGUGCACUCUGAAGCCAGAGCAAGCAACAUGGAGCGAAAAGCCACAAAGACCCUUGCAAUCGUUAUGGGGGUAUUCCUGUCAUGUUGGACCCCCUUCUUUGUGUGUAACCUCAUUGACCCGAUCAUUAAUUAUGCCAUUCCGGCAGUGUUAUUUGAUGCGCUUGUGUGGAUUGGCUAUUUAAAUUCAGCAUUUAACCCUAUUGUUUAUGCUUUCUUUUACAGCUGGUAUAGGAAAGCUUUCAGAAUGAUCAUUGUUGGGAAAAUAUUUCAGAUGGGUUCUUCCAGGACAAAACUAAGCAGUGACUGA